AUGUCGCAAUUCUGCUUUAUUUGUAGUCAACCUUUGACUGAAAGUGGAGUUGUUACUGUUGAUCGCGGCAUGAAAGCAUUAAUUGAUGCAAGUAUUGAAAGAGGCGAUGAGUUUUCGGAGUACCUGAAAGACCAGACAUCUGUAAAAAUUCAUGUGCAGUGUCGAAAAAAUUAUACUCGAAAAAGUAGCAUUGAUGCCGUGAAAAGACGGCGCCAAGAAGAAGAAGCUGGUUCAUCAAAAAUAAGUCCUCCUCGUACUAGAGCACGAGUAAGUGAAACUACAUUUUGCUUCUGGGGUUAA